AUGAAGAGAAUUAAACUACCAUCAACCAACAGAAACAGACCCCCAAAACAAGAAGUCGACGAUGAAGAAGAAGAGCAUGAACAUAAACCCUACCUUCUGCAAUUGCCAGAGCACAUAAUAAUGGAGAUCUUCUGCAAAAUCCCAACAAAAACUCUCAUCCAAUGCAAGCGAGUUCGCAAGUCUUGGCGUCGUUGGCUCUCAGACCCUCAAUUCACCAAAGAACUAUUUUCACGAACGCCCGCUUCCAUUUUGAUCACUGGAUACUCGUGCCUGGGUCACUUCUUGGUCGACCUUGACAGGACCUGCAACCCAAAAGACGUCGUGUUGAAGCUUUCCUGUAUAAACAAAAGUCUCCGAACUUUAAGUAAGAGCAUUGUAGGCUCGUGCAAUGGCUUCCUCUGUCACCACGAAGUCCAUCAUCUCCACAUCUCCAAUCCUGUUACUGGUGAGUUUUUAUCUCUCCCAACACCUUCAAAGCCUGAUACAGUUGGAGGACGUUAUGGUUUUGGGUUCAGCCCCAUCAGUGAUGUCUAUAAGCUAGUUCGGAUUAUGCCUAUACAUAAACAAGUAAUGGUUUUGACUGUUGGCUCUGGGAUUUGGAGAGACAUUGGGCACCCUCCCGACUCUUUUGAUGGAGAAACGUUGGGGAAACCUUGUGCCUACCAAAACUAUUUUGAUAGUAUGAAUGAUCAUGGGACUUAUGUCAAUGGGUUUCUUCAUUGGAUUGGGUAG